GUCAUCAUCAGCUCAGUGAACAGCAUAUGAACACAACUCACUUUCUAUUCUUGAAUAAAUCACGUUUUAUCUGUGGAAAAGAACAGGCAGAUCCUGGCAGUCUGGGUCUGGUUGACUGUAGACUCCCUCAGGAACACUAAGUCACCCACCUUGGCAAAAACGAUGCUCAUACUCGCCAUGUCUCUGACUUUUAUCUCGUCUGUCAGAGCUCUUCAGUCCAGUCCAGCAGAACCAAUCUGAUUCUUCAUGCUUGACAAACAAAUAAUGUUUAAUUAAAAAGAAACUCUCAUUGCAAUUCAUUACUGUUUCACAUUGCAGCCGACUGGUGGUGAAUGUGUGCAUCACUUAACACCUUUUGUGAAAAAGUGAAAAGCUGUGUGUUUGCAAAAAAAUUCUGACGGCACCCAUUCAGUGCAGAGGAUCCAUUUAUGAACAAGAGAUGUAAUACAAUUCUAAUCUUUAUAAUCUAUCUAUAUACUGUUUUAACCACCUUUGAUCUGUCCUAAAAAUAUGAGGUGUUCAGAAGAUCCCAAACAUUUCUUAAUAUCGAAGCGUGUAAGCGAUACCAGAAGAGUGUAAGCGACAUUUUGGGUCAAACGGAAUAAAUCAAACUAAAGCUCUCUUUACUGGCAAAAGUCAGCCAUGAUUUUUGUUAUAAACAACUAUAAAUGGUACACAAAGUCAUAUCAAAGUACAGUAAACCUGAAAUGUCACUUUCUGGUUCUCACCCUGGAUAUGAAACACUUGGUUAUAUUGCUUUGUGCUCAAGUGGAUCCAGAGGCCAUCUAUUUAUGUUUACUCUCCCUCUGGUGGUGGGAAGAGUCCACUACAAAGUUCUUCUCAGAAUUCCAAGUCCAAUAUUCCAAAAAUUCCAAUAUCAUCAGCGAGACCCAGAUUUAUCGGGAACAUUUUUGCUCACAAAUACUUAUUAUGUCAGCAGACUAAAUUCGCUGCAGUUUUGCUUUACCAUCGACGCUGACAGUGACAGGUACGGGGCGAGAGGUGUGACUGCUCUGUGAUGUCACACCGGACAGCGGUGAAAAAGCAGAGCUCGUUUUGGACGGGGGUCAAACCAGAGGGACUCUGAAAUGGACACGGACAAACCUCAGCAGCAGUUCUCUGAAAAUUACUCCGAGGUCACCGUUAGCUCGAGUGCAGAUGUUCAGAAUCGCCCGAGAAAAGACUGCGGGACACCUGAGAGCGUCCGGGGCGGAGGAGGGCGAGCGAGAGCGUACCCUUCGCCGUCCCGCAGGAGACACCGAACUACCUUCAGCAACGAGCAGCUGGAACAGCUGGAGUUAGCUUUCAGACAGAACCACUACCCUGAUAUCUACUACAGAGAGGAGCUCGCCAGAGCCACCAAACUCAACGAGGCUCGCAUACAGGUGUGGUUUCAGAACCGGAGGGCCAAGCAGCGCAAGCAGGACCGCGUCUCUCAGAAAGCGCUGCCGGUGGCCGUGAUGCCGGGACGAGGGCCUCUCUUCGGCAGCGUGUGCGUGUCUCCCUCCGCCGUGAGCCGGCAGUACCAGUGCGCCCAUUCACUGCCGCACAUCCCCCGCUUCCCCUCGGUGCUGCCCCCCGGAGGAUACCCACCCCAGCCGUCCUCUGCUCCGUCAUCGCUCUCCUCCAGACAGCCUGAAGACUGGUACCUGCGCGGCCUCGGACCAGCCACCGCUUCCGUGCUCUCCCUGGCCUCCGCGUCCACGCCGGAAACAACUAGUCCCUGGAACUAGAGCGCGCGCCGUUCCGCGAGCGCUUCACAAAGCAGAGCGAGUCAAGUUUUUCAGCGACAAAGAACGAUCGACAUUUUCUGUCUUUAUUAAAGUUGCAACCGUCGCUUUAUUACACAGACGUUUCUCUCAAUUAUUGCUGCGUCUACCUAGACAAAAAUAAUAUGAAUUUAUGUCGAUUUUCUUUGUUAACACUGAACUGUUACAAUUGAACUAGAUUCGGUUUAUAUUGAACACACUGCAGACUUUAUGUGAGGACUGUUAUGAAAAUGUCACACUAAGAUGAAACGUACAAUAGACCAAUUGAUUACAACAGAUUUCCUUUCAGUCAUGUACAGCUUUGGUAGAAAUAAAUUACACAUGGUUUAUGUCAAGAGCUUCUUGCCAUUUUGUGUACGUAAAAUUAACAGAUAUGGGUCAAGGACAAUAUAAAAAAAAACAAUAUGUGUUAUGUUGACAGAAAUGUGCUCUCAGUUGUUAUGUUGUUUACAUACAGUUUUGAAAAAAAAAAAACAUUAUAACAUAACCAAGAUACAUUAGUAUUGUUUCUGAAUUUUA